AUGAAAAUAAUUGGUGAUAAAAAAAUUUAUUUUAUUUGUAGACUGCACCACUCUCAGUUUCAAGCUCAAACAGCAAACAUUAGCGAAAGCUUUGGCCAGUUUGACGACAACCGUUCCACAAUUGCUUUGUGUGUAACGCUUAGACGUGGAGUGCCGGCACAUCGUUCACAGUCACUACUCGACCUUUCAACUUCAAGCUGUGAAAAGGAACCGACUGUUUCACUCUCAGAUUUGGUCACAACAUUUCCAAAAAAACCAGCUAUUUCUGUCAUGGACCUGAAGACAGACUUAUCAUCUGAUAUUCAAAGACAUUUCAAAACAUCAAAUUCAGAUAAUUCUGAAGACACCAGCUCAAUUUAUUACUCUUGUGAAGAGCAAUCAGAUGAACAACUGCUUAGUUCAGGAAGUGACGACAACACCAUUCAGCGAAGACCAAAGUUCAAGAGUAAUACUAAUGAUUGUAACAGCGAAGGACAUAGUGAAAAAACAGAAAACGAAUAUUUGAGGAAAAGGUGGCAACCAGAUGAAAACAAAACUACGUCUGAUUUCUCUCCAGCAAAUAAUGUGCUUAAACCCAAAAGUUUCAAGCCGUAUUCUGAAGAGUAUGAAGUCGAUAACGAGAAAGCAAAGAUUGAGGCAGAAAAUUCAUUGGCAAACAGAAACGGAUAUCAAGCGGAAGUUUAUAGACAAAACGACAAGUUGUUGUACAAGGAUGACAAACACACGUAUACUGCUAUUGAUAAAAAAAUGUCUGAUACAAAAGGCAGAGUUGCAGCUGAACAACCAACUCUUUUCAACGACAAGCAGUUUCAGAUUCAAAAUGUAGAAACAACUGGUUCACCUGAGAAAAUACGAAAUUUUACUGAAGAAUCUGUUACAAACGAAGAAAGAUUUCGUGAAACAAUGUAUCAAAAAGACAGUCAUAAAAGUGGUCAUUCUUUGGCAGAGGAAAAGAUUAACAGCACUGAACAAGAAACUCUGUUGUAUACAGAUGAUAAACAUAUUUAUGCAUCUGUAGCUGACGAUGAUAAUCAACAGGACGAUUACUAUAAGGAUGAUGAGCAUCUGUACGACAUUGUGGCAGACGAUGUUGGCGUGAAAAGAUCGGAGGCUGAAACAAUACAAAUUUCACAUUUAGAUAAUAGUCAUUUUGGAAAUGAUUGGACCGAAGAUUUGGAAACAUCCAAAUACGAUAAAGCUGCCGAUAGAAAACCCAAUGUGCUACAACAGAGAGAUGCUGAUAUUUUUGGUAAUGGCAAAGAUACCAACAGCAAACUCUAUGAGGACGAUGAGAAUAUAUAUGCAGAAAUUGAUGACUAUAAUGGGGAACACCAUCAGUCAGCUGCUAAUAAGCAUAUGAAACAGGCUUCGGGACUGCAUGUACAAAGAGCUAAAAGCCUGGCUAACCAGAAAGCGGUAAAUGAAACGUUGUCCAAAGCUGACAGUAUCUUAAGAAAGGUUCUUUUAUUCAUUACCUAUUUGUAA